GAUUUAUCAGAUUACCCAAUAAAACUUAGUAUUUUACUUUAUAUAACAAUGAAAUCAAUUCGUAUUUCGUCGUUCAUCAUGCUGACCAAAUUAUAUUUACUAUUGUUAUUCGCUUUGGUGGAUUCGGAUAAAAAUAUAGUUUUGACCAAUAGUCCAACUGAUUUUUAUCAACAAUUAAAUGCUUGGCCAGAUUUUCAGUUAGCUGCAUUCACUGAUUUAAAUGCUGAUCGUCGAAUGGAUAUUAUAUUUGCCAAUGCUGAUGGUUCAAAAUUAUUUGCUGUCCUACAACCUGAUAGUAAAGGUUUCCAAUCCACUUCAUCAAUACUAUCUAGUGUGAAUUUCUCUCCACCUGUUGAAAUAAUUGGCAGUGGUUUGUCUAAACCUAUCCGUGGUGUUGCUACUGCUGAUUUCAAUGGGGAUUCUCGGAUUGAUCUUUUAUUGAUCACCCGUAGUUCAGAUGUAGAACCGUUUGAUGCUUAUAUAGCUUAUGGCUUAAGUGGUCAAUAUCGUGGGAAAUUCUAUUCGCCAAAAUUGCUGGGUCAUUUUACUUCUCAACCAUUAGUAUGCGAUUUAAAUUCUGAUAUGAUAGCUGAUAUAUACGGUGAAGUACCAGGAGGUAACCGAGUAGCACAUUUAGGCGGAAAUGUACUUACGAAUUUAUCUGGUACCUUUUCUGGUCCUUCAUGGUCUCGACUUGGUUAUUCAGCUUUCGGGGAUAUCAACGGAGAUGGUGUUCCUGAUAUUGUUAUCCUUGUGGAUCAUGCGAAUAGACAACAAUUACAAGUGAUACGUCGUACUCAAUCAUCGAUAGGUUCUUUGCCUGAUGUAACUAAUGCUGAAUUAGUGGAUCUGGAUCCUAAAUUACUAAGUACGCCACAAAAUGUUUUGGGAUUAUUCGUGUUGAAUGAUUUCGACUAUGAUGGUUCAAUUGAUUUACUUCUACCUGUAUGCAGGGACACUACAUGUUUGGAAACCAGUAGUAUAAACAUGUAUUCUUUCAAAAGUGAAAAGUGGUUGCCUGUCAAUGUAAUCUGGGAGCCUUCAAAUGUUAAAGAAAAUGAAAUGAGAUGGUCUCUAACUUCCACUCCACUGAUAAAAUCUAGUUUAUUGACGACUAGUUUGUUAAUUGGUCCAACAGUCGGUGAUGUCAAUAUGGAUGGCAAACCUGAUUUAGGUUUAGGCGUUACAAGUUGGUCAACGAGUGGUCAAAAUAUGGGUGUUUAUCCUGGAGUGUUUGUUAAUAAGGGAUUAAAUCUUAAUGGAGUUCUCACUUUUCAACUAACUCUACUCCCGGGUGUUCAGUUGCCACCAGACAAUACUAGACUACGUCAGUUAGCGUUUUUCGAUCAAUCUGAUGAUAGUAUUUUGGAUCUCUUCAUGGUUUCCCUGAAUUCUGAUGGUCGACCCUCAGCUCAGUUAUUCUUAAGUACUGUAGAUACUGAUCCAUACUUCUUAAAGGUGGUUGUUCUUAACGGACUUUGUCCAUCCGCUGAUUCAUGUUCAGAUGGUAGACUACCUUAUGGUCUUAUGGUACCUGGUAUAAGUUCAAAUCUUAACACAGAAGCUGCUUCUGGAGGUCGUCAUCUUUCUGCUGCACUUUUAAGUUCUCAAAGUUGUUGUAGUGCUCUUCAGGUGCCUUUUGAGAUAUUUGGUUUAGGACAAUUUGCCAAUUAUGUUGAAAGAUUGACAAUUUCGAUACCACCAUCAAAAACACAAAUUCGGUCACGUUUACUAUCGUUUAUUGUCCCAAAAGCUCAAAUUGUUAUUAAUCCGUAUCCACUGGAUAAUCCCUCCGCAUGGACCAUGAAAUUGUUUCUUCAACCACUAUAUAAUAUGAAAGUAUUAUAUAUAGCCAUAACAUUAUUAUGUAUUUGUAUUCUUCUCUCAAUUAUUAUCGGUAUUCUUCAAUGGUUUGAAUUUCGUGAAGAUCGUUUUGAAAAACAAAGAGAAUCUCAACGUUUUCAUUUUGAUGCAAUGUGAACAGCAAAAUAUUGAAAAGAUACCAUGCGUACAUAUGCAUGUGUGUAUCCGAACGAAAAGACACAGUGAAUCAAUGCUAACAGUACUAUUAAUAAAAUACACUUUGAAGGUGUAUAACAAAACAGCUGUGAUGCAUGUAUAUCGAUUUUAAUUUUUUUUCUGUUUGCUCAUUGGUCUUUCUUUUUUUUCCCAAGCAUAUCUGUCAUUAAAAUGUUAAGAUUUUUGUUAUGUGUUUUAUCAUUCUGUUUACACAAAUCUGCAUAUGUCUACAUGAUACGACAGUAUGUGUAUUUUUUGAAUUCUUAAAAUUAAAUUAACUAAUAACUAAAUUAAUUUGAUAAUCGACUUGUUUUUUAAUUAUAUAAAUGAAAUGUUCAAUUCACAAUAACAACUUUUACAGAUUGUUUAAAUAUAAUUUACUUUUUAGUAUGUUUUCAA